AUCCAGACCAGGACUACCAACACCCGGUACUGAACCUCAUCUCGUUGAGGCCAACGCACACCUGCUUGGCCUAGAUCUCUUUGAGAUCUCAAAUCACUCAUGCCCAGCAUGCAACUCGACUCGGUACGAAGCUUGCUCCGUAAUUUCGGCUUGGAAGCCGACCUUCGCACUCAGUGCAUCAUUCUGGCCGGCAUCCUCACCGCUGUGCUACCACUGGAGAUUCAUCAUUUGGUGGCCAUGGUGUUGGGUGCUGCGGGCUACAUGUUUCUUCAAAAGCUGGAACCCACGGUUCGCCGUCGCGAGCCGCAGGUGAAGCGCCGAAGUUCCUCCGACAUGGAGAAGAAGUUUCAAGAGAAGCGCGAGGUGCGCGUGAUGAAGGAGGUGAAAAAGCCCAGCGUCGUGCCUGUUCAGGCGCCCAAGUUUCAAGCCACGGGCUUUGAUGCGGAGGUCAAGGAACUGCUACAGAAUCUCCAGUUGACCAACACAGUGCGAGCACAAGUGGAUUCCAUCACUCAGAGGGUGAAGGAUCUGCUGUUGCCUAUCUUUCAAGGCUCCACGACACUGGAGGGCUAUGCUCUGGCGAACCCUCUGACGGGCACGGCCUUUGGUGUGGCAGUGCCGGAUGUGGAGAUUGUCGUCACGUCCGGGUCCAAUGCGCAGGUUGUUGGCCCCGAGGCUGCGAAAUAUCAGAAGUCUCUGAUUCGCACCUGCACUGACCGCCUUGUGACGGGCGGCUUCAAGUUCCGCCGCUCCGCUUUCCGUGGAAACGAACCCAAGGUGACCCUGAUCUCUCCACCAUCACCUGAUGGCCAGGCGGGCAUCCCUUUCAACCUCUCCGUGAAUGCCAUGACUCCAUCGCGCGCUCAACGCAUUUUCGAGGCCUGCCAACGUUGCCCCUGCGCUGCAGAGCUCCUGCUGUUGGAACGGCGCUGGGCCAAGGAUCGCGGGAUCAGCCAUGCAGCCAAGGGACACUUGUCGCCGUAUUGCUGGAUGCUCUUGGGUAUCUACUACCUUCAGGAAGUCGGAAUCCUUGAGCCUGGACUGGGCUUCCUGAACUCCACUCCGAAGACAAAGAGCACCAUGUCCAGCGCAGAGCUGUUCAAAAGUUUCAUGCGCUUCUACGCCAACUUCUCCUGGACCGAAGUGGUCUCCGUGCGUGGUCACCGUUCUAAGGCCCUGCCGAUGCGCAUGGUGGAUGGUGUGGCUGCACCUGUGAUUGAGGACCCCUUCGAGCUUGGCGUGGACUUGGCAAACGGCAUGCACAGCCAGAGCCUGCAGCGUUUGCGCGACGAGCUCCGUCGAUCCUGCGAGCUCUGCGCCCGGGGCGCCUCCCUGGCGGAGUUGUUGGAGCCGUGGGUUCCUCCUGAAGAGUGAGCUGCAGCGCUCAUGCAGGAGCUUCCGACGGAAAAUGCCUCGGGGCGCCGCGCCAGACCCGGACAUCUUGGAACUGGAACUGUACUUGAACUACCUUGCUGGAA